AUGGAUUUACUUGUGACGAUUAGAAGAUCUAUCUCUUUAUUUUUUAUUACCAUUUCAUUUGCCUCUUUUUUUCUUAUCUAUAGUCGAGAUGCUAAGUACAUUACCACGCCUUUUGAACAACCUAUUUAUGAUUAUGGAAGUAGUGCAGAUGAGUACAUAUUGAAGAGAGUAUCAACAAAAAAAUUGCCAUCGGAAAUCAAGUUACAAAAAAAGUCUAUUGAUGUUAAUUCACAACUACAAGAUGAUAAAGUAUAUGGCUUUUACACUAGCAUCGGUUAUGGUAGAAUAUUUUCUGACAAUUCAGAGGUGUUUGUAGAAGGUAUAAAAGCAAUAGGAGAAAGGGUGCAAGAUUUAGUUAAAGAAGAUAGUUAUUUAUCAGCUUUUAUAAAAAGGAUAAUAGCUAAAGAAGUUGAUGAUAUCAAUAAAUUUAAAGGUGCUAUUGAUUUUCAAUGGCUUGGUAGCUCAUCUCUAGGUUGUUACGUCAAGGAAAAUGGUCGAGUUGAUUUUGAAAUUAUGCACUCUCAAAUCAAUAUUAAGAAUAGUAGUGAUGCCCCUGUGUUUAAUAAAUCCGCAAGUAUAUUGGCACUUCUAUUAAAUUUGCAUUACAGUCCCGCCAUUAAAAAUACAAAAUUUGCUCCAUAUGUAGGUUUUGGUAUAGGGCCAACAAUUUUUAGAUUAAAAAAGUUUAGCAAAUCGUUGCAGAACCUGAUACCAUUAAACGUUCCUUGGUUUGCGUAUCAAGCAAAACUUGGUGUUGACUAUUCUAUUAUUCCAGAAAUGAAUCUUUUUCUCUGCUGCCGCUAUUUUAGCAUCCCUAUACCCGUGGCAGAUGAUAUAACCACUCAUAGCAUUGAGGUUGGGUUGCGGUUUAAUUUUUAAUAGGUCUUU